UUUGGCAGAAGAGAAGACGGGCACACUGCGUGAAUUAAACCACAAAAAAUAUUAACGUUGUCAAAAUUAACGUUAAAACCAAGUAAAACUUUUUCUAUUAACUGCUGGAGUGCCCCUCACAAGUUCAUCUUUGUCUGGCCACUGUGGUGCUUAUCCCCGCCUCCAGCCAACCAUUUGUUCUUGGUUUAAUUUAAGCAUUAGAGGGCAGGGCCAAAUAAGUUUAGUAAACAAUGGAUAUCACAAAAGUUUGCCGCGUUUGCGCGAAUCAGAUAAGGAACCAGAGCCGCCAACGAAACAUAUUCAAGUAUAUGCGCGGCAAGUUGAAUGACCAACUGAAACUGAUUACAGGAGUAGAGCUGACUGCCACUGAAGGACUCCCUGAGUUUCUCUGCGACCGCUGUACAUCCGAGCUGGACUUGGCUGUCAAGUUCCGAGAGCGGUGCAUCUUCUCGCAAAAGUAUUUGCUGGACAUUAAGACUAAAACGCAAGAUCUUCAUCCCAGCAAGAUAGCCUCUCCAGAGCUCCAUGAGCAGCUGAUUGACGCCGAGGAGUUCGUGACCUGUAAUGAAGAAGAUGAGGUGGAAUCGCAUACGGACGAAGAUCCUGAGGCAUUGGUAAUGGCAGCUGCGGAACAGGCCGAGAUCCAGGAGAAACGGCAGGAACGGGCCUCAAAGCGGAGCAAGAACUUCUUCAUUUGCAAUGAGUGCGGGCGGAUUUUCAACGACGAGUGCCAGUACAACGAUCAUCUGGAAGGCCAUCUCGGGCGCCGGGAGAUGAGGCAUUUCUUUCCGUGCCCCGAGUGUCCGCAGAUCUUCAAGAGAAAGUUUACGCUCAAGGAGCACCGGACUCGGAACCACUUGGGUCAUCGCCAGUUUGUAUGCUCUACCUGCAACGAAGUGUUCAUCGCCCUGGGAGACAAGUUGCGUCACGAAAAAGCUCAUCAGAACGAAAGGCCUUAUCCGUGUCUUGAAUGCGGGAUGUGUUUUUCCAGCGUCGUGGAACUGCAGGCACACAGUUCCACUCAUCCAGAAGACAAGUGGAAAUUCAGAUGUGAGCCCUGCAACGAAAAUUUUCAAUCUCGCAAAGACGUUCAAACGCAUUCUAAGACGGCAAACCACAAGCUCAUGACUAAACACAUGCAGGAUGAAAUUACCAAGUUGUUUGACAGUUAAAUGUGUCGCUUAGAUAUUAAUAAACCCAUAUAUUCUCAUUCAUCGUCACAUUCACAUACUAUUGUUAUAUUCAUGUCAUAUUUAUGUUAAAUAUGCUUCCACUUAUGAAAUUAACCCAGGACCUACUGUUUUUGUAGAAUUUUAUUUUAUUUAUUUAAUAAAGAAAGAUGAUUUUAAA